GGUAUCAAUACGAAGGGCCUGAGGACACUCUGAAGACCCCAAAAAGUUCCAUCCCUUUAUUUGGAGUACACGUUAUGAACCCUUUCUGGAGCAUGUCUACAGGUUCUGUGCGCAAGGUUGUGUUUAGUUAAGGAAAAAUUUAUUAAAAAAGAAAAAAUGCAAAGGGGCACCCUUCCUCCAUGCCCUUCCUCAAGCAGUAGAUCACCAAAACCCAAGAGAUCUGACACUGAAGAGAAAACAUUGAGUGGAGAGCUUCGAACCAGUCCCCUUCGAGCCUCUGCAAAGAAACAGUUGCCUUCUAUCCCAAAGAAUGCUGUGCCAAUAACCAAGCCUGCUUCCCCUGCCUCCUCCUCCCAGUCCACCAAUGGAACACAUGCUUCUUAUGGGCCUUUUUAUUUGGAGUACUCACUACUUGCAGAAUUUACCUUGGUGGUGAAGCAGAAGUUGCCAGGUGUCUAUGUGCAGCCCUCAUACCAAUCAGCUUUAAUGUGGUUUGGUGUAAUAUUCAUAAGACAUGGGCUCUACCAGGAUGGUGUGUUUAAGUUCACUGUCUAUAUUCCUGAUAAUUACCCAGAUGGAGACUGCCCGCGCUUGGUUUUUGAUCUGCCUGUCUUCCACCCACUAGUGGACCCUGUAUCUGGUGAACUGGAUGUGAAAAGAGCAUUUGCAAAGUGGAGGAGAAACCAUAAUCACAUAUGGCAAGUGUUAAUGUAUGCUCGCAGAGUCUUCUACAAGAUUGAUACAACCAGUCCUCUGAAUCCUGAGGCUGCAGUGCUGUAUGAGAAGGAUGUUCAGCUGUUCAAAAGUAAAGUGGUAGACAGUGUCAAACUAUGCAGUAGUCAUUUAUUUGAUCAGCCCAAAAUAGAGGACCCCUAUGCAAUCAUUUUUUCUCCAUGGAAUCCAGCUAUACAUGAUGAAGCUAGAGAGAAAAUGUUGACUCAGAAGAAGAAGCCAGAAGAUCAGCAGUGUAAAAGCAUGCAUGUCUCUGGCCUGUCGUGGGUGAAGCCUGGCUCAGUCCAGCCCUUCAGCAAAGAAGAGAAGACGAUGCCCACUUAGCUGCUCUGGACACUGGUGCACAAAACACUUUCUGGGGGUGGAGGGAAUGUAACGGAGGGAGAAACAGCAAAGCAGCAGUUUCCUUCUUGACUACAGAUUAGUAAAACCUGAAUGGUAGCAGUGACUCCAGUAAACCUGUUCAAUGGAUUACUGACUCUUAAUGUUUUACAUAUGCAUUAGGUUUAAAGGCUUGCCUGGAGUUUGGAAGUCUCUUGAACACUACAGUACUUCUACGUGAAGACUGUCUAGGGUGGGUAAUUCCUCAGGGCUCUGAAAUGCCUGGAGGUUUUGGGCUGGUUUUUAAGCUUUUAUUUUUUCCCUCCAGGAAUAGCAAUUUUUUAAGAAGAAUCUUAAAUUACUGGCGGAAAUAUUAGUAUUGGAAAUACGAUGCCAGAGUUAAGCUGUGUUCAUGUAAACUAAUAUAGCAGAGUUAAACACUAUAUUUAAUGGUUUUAAAUACUUUUGGUUUCUAUUGUAAAUAUGUUAGGAUUUGAAAUUGUAAAUAGACGGUUCAUUGACUCCAUUUAGCACUUUCCAGAAGUAAAGCUGGGGAUGAUGUAUGAUGUAUUAUUGAUUUGUAAAUGGAUACUGUCACUAAAGCGCACAUUAGUCUGACAGGGUGAAAGCAGAAUGUCAGACUUGUUAGAUUUUUUUUUUUUUUUAGUACAAAAACACUAAAAUCAAAGCUUUUAAUGGUUGAUCUCUUGAGCUAAUAAAAUCUUAGAGGGUUUUAGAUUCCCUAGGUGUCUAGGGGAUUUCUUAGGAUAGGACCGAUGUGUGUUAAUAGUGACAUCUUAAAAUAAAAAGAAACUGUGCUCUAGCUU